CAAAGGCAGGUAUGAACCAGCUGUCGACGCAGCCCGACAGUCCAGCUGCAUCCUGGACCUGAACACAAGAAAGCAACAGAAAGAAACUCUGGUCUCUCAGGCUGCAGGGAUGAACCCAGACGAGCAGUGUGCCGACAGUACAAACCAACCAAAGUCCAGACCAGGCCCUGAAUUCCUCGGUCCGUAUCGCUGUGCCGCCUGCUACAACCAUAAGGCGAGCUCCGUAUCUUGGAGGGGGGGCAGCGGUGAGUCCAGCUCCUCAGCGGAAGACUCUGGACCAGAGGUGGACACAGAGUCAGAAGCAGAGUCUAGCUCCAGCAGCAGCAGCUCUGGGAAGGGCGAAACAGAGAAGGUCUCUCCUGUAUCCGGAGACGCUGCUGCACCUGAAUCUGGAGGAAAAGAUGGUGUCAGACCAGAGGAGGCGGGAGGGACGUCGGACAGCCAGGAAGAUGAAUGCAGGACACAGGGGGUGUUGUCCCAGAAACACGACUUCCACAUCAUCAAAAAGCACCUGUCUGAGACAGAGGAGGAGAAAACCGAGGAAAGUACUGGAGGAGGGCGAGAAGGAGUCAACAAUCUGCUGCCUCCGCAGAUGGGGUUACCGUGGCAACCGUCGCAACCAACUUUACAGCAACACCAGCUGCCACACCAGCACCAACAACAACUACAUCAGCUGUCGUAUCAACACCAGCAACAGGCUCACCUCUGUCCUCCUCUCUCAGCUCAGGGUCAAAGGUUACCACCACCCCCGCACACACUUCCUGUGUUCUACCCCCCGACACUACACACACCCCAGAGACAUCUGCAUGCACUCGGCCCACAGCCGUGCUGGUACUGUAACAGUAUGGACUUUCCUUAUUCUCCAUACUGAAGUCAUUACAGCAGAGUGCAGUCACCCACAUAAUCAAACGGCCCUUCAGUGUUUUAUAUCGGCUUUAAAUAUGUGAGAAUGUUUUGAUACGUAUGUGAAAAAACAAUUAAAAG